UAAUUGUAACAUUGGACUGAAAGUAUCUAAACGUCAAAAACUUGAAAGCAAUUUUCACUAUUCUGAAAAUAUUGAUGAGCUAACAAAUUGAAGAAUUAUGUUAUUUUGGUUCAAAGUUAAAUAACAACAUGUCUGAGAAGGAGGGUGGGAUAUUCUAUAAUGUAACUAACUUACUUGAACAGGAUUACCGCGGCGUAAACAUAGCGGUAUAUGCUCUCGCUACUGCUGGAUUGGCUCUAUCUGUGCAUAAGAUACGACCGGUUAGCAAGUUUUCGAAAGCCAGCAAAAUACCGGAGCACUUCAUAAGACAGCAUGAGCCGCUGAGAGGAGUGUACUCAGGCGUACAGCAUUCUCCAGUUCGCCUCCUAGUAAACCACAGAGCGCCUAUAUACUUACCACUAUGGCAUUCCAGUAAACCUCCAUUGCCUGUCAAGCUGUGGGGUGUUGAUAUAGUGAGUGGAAAUGCUGUGAAUUGGCUUGAAUGUGUAGCUAAAGGUCAACAAGUUACUUUGAAGCCUAUUGGAAGAGAUAAAGAUGAUCUUGUCUCCACUGUUCUACUACAUUUACCACAGAAAAAGACCAAAACAGUGGAAACAUUGGACAUUGGACAGAAACUAGUAGAGCUGGGAUUUGCCAAAGCAUCUGUUCCACAAGCAAUUAAGAAGGACACAAUUGAGUCACAACUGGCACCAGUUAUCCUCUCAGCAGAAGCUCGAGCUAAGAGCUAUCGUAAUGGGGUAUGGUCAGAAAAACUCCCACCGAUUCCAGUAUAUGUUGUGUACUGGAGAAAAGGGUCACGACUCACUGUAGAGCUUCUUAUUCUCACUGCACGAAAACUAUUACAACUACUGGCUGUUACUUCCAAAGGUGCCUUAUUGGGGGUGAAAAAAUUAGCCCUUCGACCUUUCAAAACUAGUCCUAAACAGGUCCAAGCCACAUAAAAGCAUUUAUUUUAUUAUUCAUAUUGUAAUUAUUCAGUAAACUUGUUACAAAUUCUAGUUUGUUAAAUUACCAAAUGCAUUACAGAAAAUGUAAUUACUUGGUGAUUAAUACAUACUAGACUUCCAAUUGUUGCAUGAUUUCAAAAACAUCUUUGUAUAUAUUGUUGGAAAAUAAAAAAAAGUUACAUUAUUAA